CACGGGUGGCAAUACUGGCUGUCAAAUGAGAGCUAGUUAUCAAAUUUCUAUUAGAACAGUGACUGUCGAAUCGUGGAGACUCAAACAAAAAAAUGAAAUCCCAGUUCACCCGAAAAGCCAAAGUAAAGCCAGCCACAACACCCACAGCUUUAGAGCCAAAGACGAAGACCAAGCUGGCGAGUCCAAGACCCAGAUCCACGACGGUGGUGGUGAAGCGCCGGAACUGCUGCCGAGGCAAUGAUGUUUUGGCCAUCGGAGGAGGUAAUUCUGGAGGAGGUACUUCCAGAGGAGGUAAUUCUGGAGGAGGCACUUCCAGAGGAGGUAACCAUAGAGGCGGUAAUUCCAGAGGAAGUAAUUCCGGAGGAGGUAAUACUGGAGGAAAAAAUCCCAGUGCUGUAAAUUCAAGAGGAGGAAGAGGAUUUGGCUCCGCUGGUGGUAAUAGGGGCAAAGAACCUUCCUGCCAAUUUGUUCCGGUUCGUCGUAAACCCCUGGGCGAUUACAUGGUCCUCGAGGAGGAACCUCUCACCUCCAGUCUUCCCACCACAUCCUCCUCCUUCCUGUCGGACAACCCAACUCCUAUGAGCUAUGCCGCUGCCGUGGAAUCGCAUCCCGUAUCCAGGCUCAAGGUCAAGGUGGUACUAUCUCCACGUCUAAAGCGGGCCGGUAAUCAGCCGCUGGUGAAGCCGCGCCAGAGCCCCAAAAACUCUCCAUUCGCCAAGGUCAAAGUGAAUCCUCCAUCGCAGUCUAAGCCACACAAUGUCCAGGUGAAUACUAGCAAGCGGAACUUGGCUCAGGUGGCGCCGCAGUCUCGUCUUGCCCAGGGGAACAACCCCAAGCCGAGCAACUCCCAAACGCCAUCAGCCGGCAGCUCGAAAUCCAAGUCCAAGAGAUCCAAGAAGGCCAAGCAGAAGCAACUGGCAGAGGCCAAGUCUGAAGUUCUGCUCGUAGUUCCGCCGCAGCCUACGAGUCUCCAGAGUUCCCCGCCCAAGUUCUCCGAGGCCUUCGCCUAUUUGGACCAUCACCAUGAGCAAAUGCAGCGCAUACUGGCUGAGCAGACGGCUGGACAGGGACCCUAUCCCAACCGUGGCCACGUGAAGUCCUGCAAACACACUGUCCAACUGCCGGCCCAUCGAUCUCUCUUCGAUUUCGAUGAGCGGCUCUUCAGACGCGGCGAUCUCGAGGCCGCCGCCCUUUUGGCCCAGAACAAGGUCAUGUUGCGCAAGUGGCUGGACCCCAGCAUGUUGAUCUCCUAGGCAGACCCCGACGACUCAAGGCCCAAACCAAUGCAAAUUUAUCAGUUAGUUUUUGUGCGUUUAAAGUUGUUAUGUUUAAUCAAAAUUAUUAUCAAAAUUUCGAGAACCAAUCUCUCUUUAGCAUGCGAGCUGUCGACUUGAAAUCGACAGACCCCAGAGGAUUGAAC